AAAAAUUUGAGUCAAAGAGUUGGCAUCGUGGUUUAUUUAUGGUAAUAUGGUUGGUACAAUUGAAAUAAAUUUUGUCUGUUCAUGACAGUGUACUUUUUGAAAAUAAAAAUUUUCAAUUAAACAAAUAAAGUAAUAAAAAUGGGACAAAACCAUUCUGGUCCGGGUAGUGGAGAAAAGAAAGAAGAGAAGGACAAAAAGAAGAAAUAUGAACCCCCAAUUCCGACACGAGUAGGUAAAAAGAAGCGCAAAACCAAAGGUCCGGAUACUGCAUUAAAACUGCCAGCAGUCACUCCUCACACUCGAUGCAGGCUAAAAUUAUUAAAACUUGAACGAAUUAAAGAUUACCUAUUAAUGGAGGAGGAAUUCAUAAGGAAUCAAGAGCAUUUAAAGCCUCAAGAAGAGAAAAAUGAAGAAGAAAGGUCUAAGGUUGACGAUCUUAGAGGCACACCAAUGUCGGUCGGAACCCUGGAAGAGAUUAUUGACGAUAAUCAUGCUAUUGUCUCUACAUCCGUAGGAAGUGAACACUACGUUAGCAUUUUAUCGUUCGUAGAUAAAGAUCAAUUAGAACCAGGUUGCUCUGUACUUUUAAAUCAUAAGGUCCACGCCGUCGUUGGAGUCUUGGGAGAUGAUACCGAUCCAAUGGUCACAGUAAUGAAAUUGGAGAAGGCGCCGCAAGAAACUUAUGCUGAUAUUGGCGGGUUGGAUUCGCAAAUUCAAGAAAUUAAGGAAUCUGUCGAAUUACCGCUAACUCAUCCAGAAUACUACGAAGAAAUGGGUAUUAAACCACCAAAAGGUGUAAUUUUGUAUGGUGCUCCAGGAACGGGUAAAACUUUACUGGCAAAAGCGGUAGCUAAUCAAACUUCUGCUACAUUUUUGCGAGUGGUGGGAUCAGAAUUAAUUCAGAAAUAUUUGGGGGAUGGUCCAAAAUUAGUCCGUGAGCUGUUCAGAGUUGCAGAAGAGCAUGCGCCUUCAAUUGUUUUUAUUGAUGAGAUAGACGCUGUUGGAACAAAACGUUAUGAUUCGAAUUCAGGUGGUGAACGUGAGAUCCAGCGUACCAUGUUGGAGCUACUGAAUCAGUUGGACGGCUUCGAUUCACGCGGCGAUGUAAAAGUGAUUAUGGCCACAAAUCGUAUCGAAACCUUGGAUCCAGCUUUGAUUCGACCGGGACGGAUUGACCGUAAAAUCGAGUUUCCUCUGCCAGACGAGAAAACAAAAAAGCGAAUUUUUACAAUACAUACUUCUCGAAUGACUUUAGCCGAAGAUGUUAAUUUGCAAGAGUUAAUUAUGGCCAAGGAUGAUUUGUCUGGUGCUGAUAUCAAAGCUAUCUGUACUGAAGCGGGAUUGAUGGCUUUACGUGAAAGGAGAAUGAAGGUCACGAAUGAGGACUUUAAGAAAUCAAAGGAGAGUGUUUUGUAUCGUAAGAAGGAAGGUACGCCAGAGGGUUUAUAUUUAUAAUUGUAUUUCCUCAUUGUAUGAUUUUAUAAUAAAAUAAAUUUGCGUGCUGUUGUUGCGCCAUGGUGCAAUUCAA